GCAAAGAUUCUAUUCAGAGACCGGCACUGGUCGACAUCGUUCAGAGAGCUUUACUCUUGGCGAGAUUCCGACGUGUAAUCGUGCGAAGGUCGUGCAAUCACGCUUUUAUUCUUUUCAAAUUUUUCUUUUUUUCUCUGUCGUGUCAUUUCAAUAUUUUGCUUAGAGGAAUAUUUGUACUCGAUAUAUCGAAAAGUGAUCAAAAUGCCUACUUGCGCGUGUGAAAAUCGUAUCUUGGACGAGGAGAGUCACGAAUGUCAACUGAAACCGCCGAUUGAAAAUGACGAGGAAGAGACACAAGAAUAUGAUCCUGCAGUUAGAUACAGAGAUGGAUCCGUGCGACUUCGAAACCCAAACAUUGAGCUUAUGGAUCAAGAUAUACUAUAUCAUCUUGCUUUGGGCAGUGGUUCCCACGAUCUCGUUGAAAUGUUUGGAGAUGUCAAGUUUGUGUGUAUGGGAGGAACGCCAAAGCGUAUGGAACAAUUCGCUAAUUACAUAAUGAAGGAAAUAGGUCAUAAACUUCCAGCUGGAACAACACUUCUUGAUAUUAGCCAAUAUUCAUAUCGUUAUUCCAUGUAUAAAGUUGGACCGGUUCUUUCUAUUAGUCAUGGAAUGGGCAUACCAUCGGUUGGAAUUUUGCUUCACGAAGUGAUUAAGCUGAUGUACCAUGCAAAGGUGAAAGAUCCAAUAUUCUUCAGGAUUGGUACAUGCGGAGGAAUUGGCCUUGAAGGUGGCACUGUCGUCAUUUCUGAGGAAGCAGUCGAUGGAAUGCUGAAGUCUUAUUUGGAACUGCCUGUGCUUGGUAAAAUGGUAAGAAGACCUGCUAAACUAGAUAGACAAUUGGCUCGUGAUUUGAAGACACUAGCACAUCGUGACAAUCCUUAUGACACUAUAAUCGGUAAAACGAUGUGUACUUAUGACUUCUACGAAGGACAAGGGCGAAUGGACGGUGCAUUUUGCGAAUUCACGGAAAAUGAAAAAAUAGAGUACUUAAACAAGCUGCAUAAAGCUGGCGUAAUAAAUAUAGAAAUGGAGAGUCUUGCAUUUGCUGCUCUUACACAUCAUGCAGGCAUCAAAGCUGCUGUUGUUUGUGUAACAUUGAUAGAUCGAUUCAAAGGAGAUCAGGUAUUAGCACCAAAAGAAGUUCUGGACGAAUGGCAAAUAAGACCGCAAGAAUUAAUCGCACGCUAUAUAACGAGAUAUCUUCAACGAAAAGGCCGCCUUUCCUUAGAAGGUCAUGGAUCGAUGUGUGUCAAGAGUCCACGUCGGUUUAAAUUGGUACAACAGGAGUCGGAAAACUAUGAUUAAAUUCAGGAUAUGUCAAAUACAGGAAUUGCUAAGAAAAACCAAUAUCUUGUUAAGAGAAGAAUGUACUAUUAUAGUACAAUGAAAACGCACGGAUUUGUUAAUUCUAUCAACGAUUGAUGCACUGAUCAAACGUCCUUUUAUUCUUUUACGUAUGUUCAAGUAUCAUUGUCGUAUAAAAAAUUUAAUGAAAAUGUUUUAUCAUUUUUUUAUAAAAUUAAUUAUUAUUAUUUACUUCUUUAAUGCAAGUUUUGUACCAAAAAAGUAUUUCUUGAAAAGUAUUUAGAUAUAAAAAUAAAAUUUAAGUUAUAUAUU